AAUUAAUCCCUCGCCUCAAUAAAUAAAAACCCUGCUGUCGGCCAAUUUUGUGAUGGAGUUAUUUGCAAAUAUGUGUAUUGAAGAGAUAAGAUAGAGAGGGCGCUUCAGCGGGUGGCCACAAGCAGCAGCAGAAGAAGAUGGCGCUUCUGUGGCUACCAACUCCGUCACUCGCUAACCUGUCGUCUCCAAAACCAUUGCCUUAAAACUCCGUACUCUUUCUUCUUCUGUUGCUGUUGAUCCAGUUAACUCAAAUCCGUUCCUCCUACAGUGGAUGCCCAUGUGAUUCAGUAGUUUGCAGGGUUUCUGGCUACUGAUUCUGGCUGUGCAGAUGAGCAUCUUAAACCAAUCCAUCAGUGCAACUCGGCAACCAGCAUUACCCCUGAAACGUUCAUCUUCACUAGAUGGCUGUCAGAAGCUGCAAAUGACUCUGCCAUUUUGCAGAACUAGUUCUCUCAAAGCGACAACAAAGAAGCCCUCUGCCAGGAACACAAUUCCACUAGCCCAGUCCCUCUAUCAAACUGAUCAGACGAAUGACAUAUUGGAAUUUCAUCCCUUGAGUACAAGUUCCGUGCAGGGUUUGUUGGAAGAAGUAAGCAAAGAGGGUGACAGUGGCCGCUUCAAGCCCAGUGAUCAUGUUCUUGUUGUUUCUGUCUCUUCAGCUGUGAAAUUGGACGAGAGGCAAAUUGAGCUGAUAUCUAAGAAGAUGCAGAGGCUUACUGGAUUCCAGGAAUUGAGACUCGAAAACUCCAUCGAUCCAUCAUUGAUUGCAGGGUUCGUCAUCAGCUACUGCAGUGAUGGAUCUCAUGUUAUUGAUCUAAGUGUGAAAGGUCAGUUGGCAAUGCUAAAAGCGCGGCUUGAAUCGUCAGAUGUCAAACAAAUGGGGUUGCUCUAGCAACUGAAGUGAGCCUGAGCAAUGAAUAUGAAAUCGGGAUGAGUAUAAUUUGUGUUCUGCUCAGCUCUUAUGUUUUGAGACUAGAGAUGAGUGUACACAUGUAGGCUAAUUAACUAUUCCAUGUACGGAUGUAAAGAAAAAUGUAUAACCAAGCAACUUCCCUACGUCAAGUUUGUCGAAUGCUUGCAGGGUUUGAUUUUGGUAGGACUGAUGACAAUAAACAAUGCGUACUCCAGUUUUGAUU